UGCCAUACAGCUUUGUUCAACAAUUCAGUUCAUCUUUCUGCAGAUUUUUGAAACAUCUUCAUUUUUAUCUGCAGCUUCUUAGCCAUUUGAAUAAUUUGAAAUGUGAAGUUGCGCAAGAUUAUCUUAUCUUUCCAUCAUUCUUUCUCUGAUUGGAUUCAUAGUAUAAAAAACAUUGAGUCCAAACUUUUGAAUGUAUACAUAGUCUAUGUAGGUAAAUAGUCACAAAGACCCAAACAAAUAAGUAAACCCAAACACUGCUAGAUAGUUGUCAGAGUAUGUUUUGUUGAAAGCUGGCAUAAUUGAUGGACAAUCCCAACAAAGUCAUGUGUCUGCAGUAGAAACCACUAGGUGGCGAAAUUGCCAUUUCUUGAAACAGUGGGCUAUUGGAUAUUCUCUAAGGGAUUUAUGCACCUGGAGGGCCUAAAAGGGCCUAUUGUGCUUCACUGACAUAUUAAGUGCAGUGACUUUGCAGUGCUAAAAAGGUGAAGUAGAAGCUAUGUGAGAUUAUAUCUGUAUGACAAAGAUUUUUAAGUGUGUUAUCCAGAUACACAUGACGAAAACCACAAGCCACAACCUGAUUCCGAUGAACACGUCUCACAGCUUUGCUUAAUAAUGUGUCUUGAGUAGUUUAGCGAGGCGGGGAAUUGCUGAGGGGUAUGAUUUGACAGAAAGCAAGCAGCCAAUCUUCUAUUUCUUCUGUCCUGAUUUUAUGUUUUUAAUGCAUUGUGUAAGAUGUGGAACCUGAAUAACAAGUUGACUUUUUUUUUUUUUGGUAAAGAUUCUUUGCAAUAGACUGAACCGGCAUGGUGGCAGACAAGACAUGAAAGCAUGAGUUGACAGGAAAUCCACAUGCCUUUCUCAUUUCCUCUUAGUCUACAAGUCUACGUGAAGUGUCACAGGAUUGAUCGAAUGGUGCAUCUCUUCACUUACGCUUAGGUCUGUUAGCUGAAAUCUUGGGGUAAAUAGUUUUGUAUAGUGGAGGCCAACUGACUGUGUGCAGGUCAGUCAGGUUCAGGAUGGUCCUUCAGCUCCAGCUGUGGCAGCUGCCUCUGCUGAUGUGCCUCGCAGGACUCCUGCUGAGUGAUAUUUGCAGAGGUGAACAUCUGGUGCAGAUCCAGAAAGGUCCGUUGUACCGUGUGAAAGGAUAUCCAAUGUCCAUCUCUUGUAAUGUUAGUGGCUAUAGUGGGCAGGCUGACCAAGGCUUUGCAUUUUCAGUCUAUAAACCAGAUUAUCCACAAAAGGAAAUCAGGAUGAUUAGCACAUUUGACCCAGAUUAUGCUUAUAGAGUGUACAGACAGAGAGUGACUGAGAACAGCAUUGAGAUUAAAAGGCUGUCAAAGACCUCAGUUAUCCUGCAUUUGAAACUUCUGCAAGCAGACGAUGCGGGCGAGUUUGAAUGUUAUACUCCAAACAUCUAUGACACUUAUGAGGGAACCUACAACGGAAAAACAAUACUGAAUGUGAUCGAGGACACUCUGAAGGUAUCCUUCUCUAGCCUUGCAUCUUAUAGUAUCUCUGAGGGUGAAUCACUUCAGCUUGAAUGUGAAGUUUCUAGCCAGACCAUGCAGCACACUCAUUUGUCGGUCACAUGGUAUCUCCGUGGGAACACUGAGACCCUCCCCAUCAUCGCCCUGGACCGGGAUCUGAGUGUGAGGCCUGGAGCAGCGUUUGAAAAACAGUACCACUCAGGGCUCAUCAGCAUAGAGAAAGUAGAAGACACCACCUACAGACUGAAGAUGAGUCAGGUGAAACAGUCAGCCAGAGGAGAGAUCUACUGCCAGGCUGAGGAAUGGAUCCAGGACCCAGACCGCUCCUGGAUACGGAUUGCCUACAAGAAUACCACAGGUUCCUAUGUGGAAAUCAAAGCUCUAGAGGUUGGUGAAGUGGGCUCCUUAAUUCCUGCCAUUGAUGUCAGUGAAACUGUUCAGGAGGGAGAGAAGGUAGUGAUCCGCUGCAGUGUGCAGGCCCAGAAUCUUCUACAACGUUUCUUCUCCAUCACCUGGCUGAGAAACGACAUGGAAAUAGCCCACAUCGGGCCCUCUGGUGUACUGACCGUAGCUAAUGACUACAAACAAAGAGAGAACAAGGGUGAACUGAGAGCAGCGAAGAUCAGUGGUAAUGCCUACAUCCUAACCAUCCGGCCAGUCAGGGCUGAGGACCAAGGCCAGUACCAGUGCAAAGCUACACAAGAGGAGCGGGCAGAGACAGGAGAGUUCACCAAAGGACAAAGCCAACUGUCCAGUGAAAAGACUGUGCACAUCAAAGCCAAAGAGAGUGGUCUGGCUGUGGUUAUGGCAGAGAAGCUCAUUAACAUGACUGAAGGAAAAACACUACAGCUCACGUGCAGUGUGUCUAAAGCCAGUGGACCACUAUCUGUCUCCUGGCAACACAAGAAAUCUACAAGCAGCUCUUUCAGGGAUGUCAUCAGCCUGAAUCAUGAGGGGGUGAUGGUGAGAGGGACGGGGGCUCAGUAUCAGGACAGAAUUGUUCGCACAUUUCGCUCCACUGCUACUAACUUCACUUUGGAGAUCAGUGGUGCUGUCCUGUCUGACAGUGGUGAAUAUAAGUGCACUGUGUCUGAGUGGAACAUGGACAGCAGUGGCAGCAUAAACAGCCAGUCAGCCUUGGUUUCUGUUGAAUCUAUUGAGUCCUCUCUAAAAGUGUCCCUGAGAAGUCGUGACACAAAUGUGACUGAGAAUUCACUAAUAACUAUGAUAUGCAUAGUAAAAGGACCUAAAGUUCCCUUAGAUGUGCACUGGAAGUUCAAAUCAAAAUAUGUAGAUCCUCAAAAAGACAUUAUAUGUAUGCUCCGCAAUGGGGCCAUAUCCUGUGGAAGAGAGCAAAAGGAUUAUCAGCUGGAAGUUGAAGUGCAGGAUUCAAUCACAGUUUUCUAUCUCAGGAUUUUAAAGGCAAGCAGAAAACAACAGGGCAGUUACCAGUGCCAAAUCACAGCUUAUCAAGAAAAUGUUCAGAAAGCCCAGAAACCCUCCAAUGAACUUGCAGUCUCUGUACAUGUUCCUGUCAGCAAACUGUCGCUCUCCAUAAGCCCUAAGGCUCAUUUGGUCAUCCCAAUCAAGAGUAAUGCAAAAAUUGACUGCUUGGUGAACAAAGCAGUCUCUAAUUCCUCCCGUUUUGCGGUAACAUGGAUAUUUGAUGCCCAGACUUUGGUGAAAAUGGAUUCAGAAGGGGUGGUCACUCUGGGACCUGCAGUCAACAAGGAGAUGAACCAGAGGAUCAACAUGCAAAUGAUUGAGAGGCGAACCUUCCAACUGGCCAUUCAAGAGGUCAGGUCAACUGACCGUGGCCAGUAUAAAUGUUUGGUAGAGGAAUGGAUUCAAGAUCCUGAUGGCAUCUGGUAUUCACUUCAUCCACAAUCUCAUCAAACCAUGGAUCUCGUGGUGAAUGAACAAGCUAGUGAUUUCAGCCUAAAUAAGUCUGAUGCUCAGCUGGUGGUCACAGAAGGACAGCAGGUGGAUCUGAGCUGCUUUCUGCAUACCAAUGGACUGGAUUCAACAUUUCGCUACUCUCUGAUCUGGCUCUUUGAGCGACAAGAUCAGAAUGCACCUACGGUACCACUUCUGACUUACAGUAAUGAUGGGCGUCUGCAGUUCUUGACUGAUGAUCCAAAGCUUCAACACAGGCUUUUUUUCUCACGGCCCACAGUCAGUAACUUCCGUUUGUCCAUCCUGAAUUCCAUCUCAUCUGACACUGGGCGCUACCGCUGUCAGGUAGAUCAGUAUCAGCUUGAUUGUAAGGGCAAAUGGGAAUUUAAGGCAGGCGACAAGUCUGGUUUUACCAAUGUCAAUGUACACUUAAUAGAAAACAAACUACAAGUAAAGAAAGCGAGCCAUAGUCUCAACGUCACUGAUCAUCAUGCUGGUUUCACAGUUGAGUGUGAAAUAAGCUCUUGGUCCAGUGACAAAUCUCAUUAUGAAGUGACCUGGACCAAGACUCAGGAAGACGGACAACCCACGACCAUUUUCACUGCCAGACGGGAUGGAACUCUAUCCGAUGCUGUUACUGAUAGAAACUUGCUUUAUAGCCGCCCAUAUGCCAACCUGUAUAGACUCACUUUGCCAGAUGCUGAACCUUCUGACAAUGGUUGGUAUCAGUGUCAGGUCGUGGAAUGGCUGCAGACUGACACCUGGAGGGAGGUAGCCAAAGACAAAUCAGGAGAACUUUCAGUACAUGUCCAUGUUGAAGCUGCUUCUGGUGAAUCUAAGCAAGACUGCUCUUCUGGAAUGAUCCUGGGCAUCCUCACUCCUCUGCUUUGCAUUCUACUAUUGGUCAUUGUACUUCUACUGUUAAUGGUCCAAAAGACAAAGUCUGCUUCAAGAAAACAGAAAGACUGUCUAUGGGCUGAGAAUAAUCCACUCAAGCCCGUUCCAGAACCAACAGCAGGUGAAGGGGAGAGUACCUAGCUCAUCACAAGUAUUGUCUUCACCAGAUUCUAGGAGUUGUCAUCCACAGUAACUAGCAAUGUCCUGUUCAAGGCUACUUAUGUGUCAGUAAGGAAAUCUUGUUAACAAGGAUGCUUCAUAAUAUGAUCAGUAUAAUAUAUGGAGAAAAUAGGAAACAGUGCAUGUAAGAUUGGAAGAUGGAGCAAGAAUCUAUUGGUAAAAAUGUGUAAAGGUUGCACAGAAAUUCUACAGCUUGUUACCAACUGAAAAAAAAGCACAUUUAGUUACUUAUAAUAUAAUUUAUAUUCUCAUUUACUGUAAUUUUGCACAGCAAAUUUGAAGGCUAGUUCAUGAUUAUAGUCUCCUUCAGACCUUCCUUCAGACAACAGUAUUUUAAAGCUUUGGGUGUCAUUAUUAUUGUUGUGAAUGCAGCAACUAUACAGUUAUAGAUUAAUUAAAAUACCUUAAACUUAAUUGCUUGUUUUUACUUCAAUAGAUGUCAUCACAAUCACUGAUGUACAGAAAACUUUGCACAUUGAACUGCAGCGGAUAUUUAAUAUUGUCUUUUUCUAUAGUAAAAUUGUGAUAUUGACUAUAUUG